CCAAGAAAAUACCUUUUAUCAAUCUAAGGUUUGGAGUUCAUUUCUCUAUUACAAAACCCCCAACGAAGGUUCUGAUCAUCAUCAACCGCUUACUUUGCGCUGGUGAUAAAGAGCUCAGAGGUGACUGGUUUGCUGAGACAAUGGUUAAAAGAAAGAAACCCGAGGACGCGGUACUACUUCCGAAUAAUGGAACUCGGGACAAGGUGUGUGCCUCCUCCGCUGGAUACAUGAGAAGUACCGCACAGAGUCUACAUGAACGUACCGGUGCGAGUGUUGCGACCGUUGUUGUAUCCGAAAAUGAAGUACAAUACCAAUACUCUUCGGCUCCCAUGCAUCAGGUUCUUGCACAGCAUGGUUAUCAGCCCAUCGAACCCAUGGCCAACUUCAGAGCAGUGAGUGAUCCCAAUGUUCAGGACCUGAAUCCUGAGCAGUUGGCACUGUUGGUGCAGCGGACCGAUGCAGCCAGAGCAGCCAUUGAGGCAGAGCGGAACCGGCGCCUCGGUAACAACUGAUCAAUGUAGUUUAUUGUCUUUAGAACUUGUGUUGUUAUCGCAGUUUAUUAUCCUAGUGUCUUAUUUGUAGUCUGUAUGAAACGCGUUGCUGUUCCAUUUCUCUUUCCCUGCAGAAUGUUUUAUGAUUGUUUUUAAUGGAUAAUUAUCAGAUUUAUGCUC